AUGCCCACUCCGGUCAAGUCGUCUCUAGAUGGUGUGACAUGUGACUCAGGGGAGUUGGAGCAGGUGGAGCGAGCAGUUCCAACAGGUUUGGGGAAAGUGCCCAGAGAUUUGGUGAGAAACUUCCCACAUACUAAACGUGUAGGAAGCUACCUGGUGGGCAAAAUGAUCAACAAGGGCUCAUUUGCUAAGGUGAUGGAGGGUAUGCACAUCAGCACAGGAGAGAAGGUGGCCAUUAAAGUAAUCGAUAAGAAGAAGGCACGGCAGGAUGCGUACGUGUUGAAAAAUAUGAAACGCGAGCCGAAGAUCCACCAGAUGAUCCGUCACCCUAACAUUGUCCUUCUGCUGGAGACCCUAGAGACCGAGAACUGCUACUAUAUGGCUAUGGAGCUGUGCGCCGGAGGAGACCUGAUGGACAGAAUCUGUGAACGCAAACGUCUGGAGGAGAGAGAGGUCCGCCGAUACACAAGACAGAUCCUGUCCGCUGUCGAUCAUCUGCAUACACAUGGAAUAGUGCACAGAGAUCUGAAAAUUGAGAACUUUCUCCUUGAUGAACAUAACAACAUUAAGAUAGUUGACUUCGGUCUCAGUAACACUCUGAAGCUAGACUCUCUCUCCCUGGAUCUGUUAAGCACUCAGUGUGGAAGUCCUGCAUAUGCUGCCCCAGAGCUUCUUGCACACAGGAAGUAUGGCCCUAAAGUGGACGUAUGGUCUGUGGGUGUGAGUAUGUUUGCCAUGAUGACCGGUACUCUUCCCUUCACUGUAGAGCCAUUCAACAUAAAACAUCUUCAUCAGAAAAUGAUUAAUGGAGAAAUCAACACGAUCCCAUCUGACAUUAGUAAAGGGGCGGUGCAGUUUGUUUUGUCUCUGCUGGAGCCGGACCCGGCGAAGAGACCGAGUGUGAAAGCAGCACUUGAGGAGAACUGGCUUAAUGAGGGCUACAGCACGAGACCCUUACACACUUUGGUCUAUAAGAACAGACUGCAUCCAGAAGAACUCAACUCAGUUGUGUUAAACUACAUGACUGAGGAUCUUGGCUAUGGCAUCUCAGACAUCAUACACACAGUCAUCAACAACAAACCCACCACCAUCUUAGCUACCUACCAACUCCUGCUAAAAAAAAUGAACAGGCACCAAAAAGCAUCCAAGAACAUGAAGAAGCUGGAAUCUAGUGAGUGGAACCUUCGAAACAAGUUUGUGUGGAAUGAGAGGAGCAACACAUCAGAGAGGAGUCAGCAACAGAAGACUGAAAAUGAGACAAGCAAUGAGAGGAGCCAGAGGCAGUCAAGUAAGACACAGAGGAUCCCAUCACAAGAUAGAGAUUUCCUGAGGAAGGCAGAGGAAAUGACUAGACAGAAGCAGUCAAGCUCAGAGCAAAGAACAUCUACUGCUACUAAUCAGCCCAUAGACAUCUUUACCAACCAUGACGUUGCAAGCAACACAGAGACAAGAGAAAGCCUAUUUCCUGAAGUUGCAGUGCUUGGUGAGAAGGAACUUGUUCAUGCAUCACCCCCCAAAUGCCCCUGUAGGGAAGGAAGCAGCUCUAAGCUUUGUAACUGCACUUCUUGUGAUGCUCCAAUCAUUUUAGAAAGUAAGAAAACCUCCAGCAAAACACCAAACAAAGAUCACGAUCUGAGACCAACACACUCCGAGAACUGCUCAAGAGAGGAUCCUGCAUACCGGCAUGAUGACAAAUUGGAAAAGAUACAGAUGUUCUACACUGAGAAAGUGUCAUCACCCAGAAUGCAUCUAGACAGUAAAGCAGGUCAACGUUUUAAAGACCUCCUACUGGCCAUUGAGGAAAAGACCCACACUACCCAUCAACUGAGCACAAUGGAAUCCGCUUUACAAACUUCCCCAUUACCGCGGUUACGUCACAGAACCCUCAAAGACAUUUCACCAAGAAAAGUGGUGUGGGCGGGGCUUAAACAUCACACUGGCCCAUCUACAGGCUCCUCACCUUUUCUGGUAAAUGGUUCAAAACCACCAGUGUUUUUGUCCCAGAGGCAGCAGGCUCUGGUUAUAAAGAGUCUGAGGCACACAAAAGAAAAGAGGAACACUGGACCAGGGGGAGGAAGGACGAUGGGCAUUCCAGAAAACACGGUAAAAACUCAGCACUUUGGGCCGUUAAGGACUAGUCAGCGCAGGGACACAGACCUAAACCUGCCCAUGCUCCCUUCCAACUUCCAUAGCAAGGAAAAGAAAACCGAAUUUCUCAGAUUGGAUUUUGGUUGA